AUGUUUUUCUUAAUCUGUCUCCUAAUUUUUUCAAAUUCUCUUCUCGCAAACUCUUUUUCUAAACCUUGCAAUGACACACAACAAAACCUCCAUGCUAAUGGAUUAUGCGACAAAUUUGUGACAUUUUGUGAUGUAAUUUUUGUUAAACCAAAUUUCUAAUUAAAGUUUUUUAUUUAGGGUGGACUUCCUUUUCAAUUUGAAUGCCCUGAUUUUUUCUUUUUUAAUCCUGUUUCAAAAUUUUGUGAGAGGAUCUAUGACUUCGUUGGCCUCAAACCUCAAAAAUAUCGAAAAAGCACUUCUUCCCAUUCUUCUCUACAAGGAUGCAAAGAUGGGGAAAAAUGCGUCACACAAACCGAGGUUUUACUCUUUGUCUUUACUUUUAGUUUAAAUUUUAAGGUACCAACGUUACAACAAAAACUUCUUCCGCCUUUGAUUCUUCCAUCACCAGAGCUACCACCUUUGAUUGUUUCUACAACAGAACCUCCACCUUUGAUUGUUCCAGUGCCACAACCUCAACCUCCCUUGCCACAACCUCCCUUGCCUGUUU